AUGUCUUCGAAGAAGGCGGAGACGAGCAGACUAUGUAAACUAUCCUGGAAAAGGCUAGGAGGUUUGCAGCUUACUACUUUGCAACAGGAAAAGAACUGGAUAGAGAUGCCAAAGAACUAUAAACAAAGGCGCUUCGUCUCCCAGACAGCCUCAAAUAUCGAGAAUGACGACGAAGACGACAACAAAAACCUCUUUUUCUCCUUUGAGGUUAUUGAAAAGAUUCAAAAGACUAGAUUUGAAGAGUCCGCCAUCAAGCGAUCUAGCUAUUCAUCAAAAACACAUGGUGGAUUCAAUGGUAGAGGACGCUCCAAUGAAGGUAGUUUCAGAGUGUUGUAUUCAGCUUUGGUUGUUAUUGAAAAAAGGUUAUGA